UCAGGGCAAGAAAAACAGGACGACUGUGUUGUCGUCCAAAAUCCGAACAGACAGAAACUUCUGUCCCCCGCACAGACAAAUAACAAACAUCAGAAAUGUUUUGGUCCGUGUCGACUACAGAGGCCAGGUAACAGGACACAGCUGCGAUAUUGAAAAUCUCAGAUGUACAAAGGGCAGUGAUGGCCUGAAGGAACAUUUCUGCCCGUUGCUUUGUCCGGAGGAGACGAGGCGUCAUCAGUUUCUUCCUCAUCACCGACACGGAGGGAAACGGAGCGUUUUCAUUGGCGGGCUGAUGAGAGGCGGUGGGCUGAAGUUUGGACGCACAGAGCAGCUCUGAGAGGAAGAUGCAGAACUCCAACAGUUUUCAGGUGGAUGAUUUUAUCGCGGGAUGGAUCGGCGGAGCUUCCAGUGUGGUCGUGGGCCAUCCGCUUGACACAGUGAAGACGCGGCUCCAGGCGGGGAAAGGCUACAAGAACACGCUACACUGCGUCCUCACCAUCUACAGGAAGGAAACGGUCUCAGGGUUUUUUAAGGGCAUGUCUUUCCCACUGGCCAGCAUCACUGUCUACAACUCAGUGGUGUUUGGCUUCUUCAGUAACACACAGAGACUCAUAAGCAAGUAUCGCUACGGCGACGGGCAUCAUCCCUGUGGCAUGUUGGACUUGACCGUGGCCAGCAUGCUGACUGGACUGAUGUCAGUGGGCCUGGGAGCCCCGGUGGAUCUGGUCAAGAUCAGACUGCAAAUGCAGACGCAGACGGUUCUAGCAGAGAAUUUACACCUUGCUGGCAGCGUAUCGAAUGGCACCAACAUCCCUCUGCGCUCCGUCAACAUCCCCAGCCAGAGACUUUACAGAGGACCCAUCCACUGUAUCAGCAGCAUCCUGCAGACUGAGGGGCUGCAGGGCCUGUACAGGGGGGCUGGGGCCAUGAUUCUGAGGGACGUUCCUGGAUACACGCUCUACUUCAUUCCUUACACCAUGUUCUGCAACCUGUUGAAGCCAGACGCCACGUCAAGCCCUCAUCCAUGUUCUAUCUGGCUCGCCGGAGGACUCGCAGGGUCCAUUUCCUGGGUCACGGCCACGCCGGCUGAUGUGGUGAAGAGCCGAAUGCAGGCCGACGCGCAGCUGCAGAGGAAGUACAGGGGAAUCUUACACUGCAUCAUCCACAGCUACAAGACAGAGGGUUUACAGGUUUUCUUCCGUGGAGCUUCAGUAAACGCCAUCCGAGGCUUCCCGAUGAGCGCCACCAUGUUCCUGACCUACGAACUCUCCCUGCAGUUCUUCAGGAAUCUCUAGAACAAGGGAAACAUUUCAGUGGUAAAGGAAUCACACUCAGUUCUUGGCAAAUGAGCACACAGUACAACAAACCCUUUUAGCUGCUUGUGAACUGAUGCACUGAACGCACCAGAGAUUUUGAACACUUUACUGACCACUCUUGUCACACAAUAAACGUUCAGUGAUGUUUUAUACCAGCACUUUGGGGGUUGUAUUGUUAAAUAAUCAGAAUUACGACAUCAAAUCAUCCAUGAUUUCCUGGGCAGAGUCUUGGCUGCCACUUAUCUAGUGGAUAGAAACUCUAUCGGUUCCUUCAGUAUCUAAGAUGACUGAGUUAGCUUUUUAAACUCACUGAUAAUCAUGUGACCUUCUCCCUCCCUACAAUCUGGCCUGAGAUCUGCUGACCAGUUGUCGCUGACAGGUUCAAACAAUCUCAUUGUCUCCUACUAAAGACUUAUUUUUAUAGAUUAGCUUUUACACCAGUUUUAAUUUAGUCAUUCUACUUAUCUAUUGUUUGAUUUUACAUAUGUUUCCUUUCUCCCACGUACGUUUAUCUUCUCACUGUUUUUAUUCCUGUUAGUUGCUGAUAAGUUCAGAGGUAUAAAUGCUUAAAAAAAUUAGCAUAACAAAGCUAACGGGACAUGUGGACGAUGAUGAUUGGUGUUAACAUUCUCAUUAUUUAAUGGAUGGAGUUGAAUAUUUCUUUAAUGCUAAUUUACCAAAGAACUCAGUGUGGUCCUUUUUUUAAAGGAGGUUUAAAGGGAGGGAGGUUAUGUUGUCAGUUUGGGAUCAGAACUUUACCUGGAAGGUGAAACUCAUUUGCACACCUGCAGCUUUUCCCUGGACGAGACCGUUAUUCUUCUGUUUCCACCUGUGAACAAAGGGUGAUAAUAACACCGUGUUAUUACACAGUGUCACACGGUCAACAUGGUUUGACGGGAAAAAGAUCAACAACUUGGUUGAAAAAUGACAUUUAGGUAACGUAUAGUAUAAUACAUAUAUAUUAUAUAUAAUCUGGUCUUUGUGGAGCCGUUUCUCAGUAAAGAACGGAGCUGUGCACUUUCAUCUCAGCAUGAUGAAGAAAUAUGAAUCAUGCUGAAAAUAGAGUUGAAUGCUUUUACGAAGGAUGUGUUAUUUUCAGCUCGACUAUGAGUCUACGUUUAAUCUUUGUAUUAUUUUCAGUGUUGAUUUAGUUUGUUUGAUUUACUUUCAGUUUCUUUUUGCAGUUUGAAUGUGAUUAAAAAUAUAAAACCUAAAUGAUUUCACAUAAAUAACCAAUACACUUAAUGUCUGUUCAUAAGUAUGAAAAUAUUGUGAGGUGUUGAAAAUGACGCAUCCUUUCCUUCAUUACAUGAACUGUUGCGUGUUUUAGUCCCAUGUUACCAUCCAUGUGUUCAUACAGUGCAUUCAGUGUUCACACCCCUUCACUGUAUCUCAUGUCGUCACUUUGCAGCCUCGUGGUAAAAUAGUUCAAUUCAUGUUUUCAGAUUUUAACCUCCACUCAAUAAUGACAAAGAAGUUUAGAAAUUAUUGCAAUCUGGUAAAAUGUAAAGGGGUCUGAAUACUUCCUGAAUGCACUGUAUUAUAUUUGUGUGUUUCUUAUAUUAAGAAAAAUUUUACAAGUUAAUUUUAACUUCAUGUUAACAUGAGUUUUUCCCAUAAUACUAUUCAAAUGCAUGGAUUUAUAUACACAUGAGCCAUUAUAGUACAGGUACAGUAUUGCUUAACAUGUUAGCAGUUAAACAGCAUUUACAGCUAAUGAUACAAGAGGUUUCAUUCUUAAAUGAGACAUCUGCUGUUAAAAGAUACUGAGCCUCCUCACACAAUAGAUAUUUUUCAUUUUGGAAUAAUUACCGUAGAACAAAUAUAUUUUCCUGCCUUAUAGAGAUAUUUUUAAAUAGUAUUCUUGUCAUGUAAAUAUCUUGUAAAUAUGUUAACUGCCAUUCCAGAUGGUGGAGAGCCAGA